AUGGUGAACGGGGUCGACGUCAAGAAGAAAGUAUUCAAGCGCAAGCUCAAGAAGCUGAAGGAAGCCGGAGACGCGGCAAAGAAGAAGAAGCUCCCCGUGCAAGAAGAUGAGAUCAAGGAGGAAACGCCAGACGUUGACAGCUCUGAGGACGAGGAGCCCGUCGACGUGCCCAAGAAGUCAAAAGAUAAAUCGAAAGUCAAAGAGGAGGCGACCACCUCAACCGAAAUCGUCGGCUACCUGUCGAGUCAAACAUUCGACUCGUUGAAGGGGAAAGUGCACGCUGCGACGCUCAAGCAAAUUCAUUCCAUGGGAUUCCACACGAUGACCGAAAUUCAGCACAAGACGAUCGAGCCGCUGUUGGAGGGCCGUGAUGUGUUGGCGUCAGCAAAGACGGGUUCCGGCAAAACGCUUGGCUUCCUCAUUCCCGCCAUCGAGUUGUUGAUCAAGCUCGAGUGGAAGAUUCACAACGGCACCGGCGUUCUCAUCAUCUCACCGACGCGCGAGCUGUCGAUUCAGACGUACGGCGUGCUGUCGGAGCUUUUGGAGGGCCAUCCCCACCUCACCCACGGACUCAUCAUGGGCGGCGCCAACCGGUCGACGGAAGUGGAGAAGCUCGGCAAGGGCGUCUCGGUGAUCGUGGCGACUCCAGGACGACUCCUCGAUCAUCUACAAAACACGAAGGCGCUCGACGUGCACAGUUUGAAGUGUUUGAUCAUCGACGAGGCCGACCGGAUCCUCGACAUUGGGUUCGAAGUUGAGAUGCAGCAGAUUCUGAGAUACCUGCCGAAACGCCGCCAAACCAUGCUCUUCUCCGCCACACACACCCCAAAGGUUGACGAGCUGGUGAAGCAGGCGCUGCAGUCGAACCCGCUAAAGGUGGACGUGCAGUCGAAGGACGACCGGUCGACCGUCGAUGGAUUACAGCAGGGCUAUGUGAUUUGCCCGUCAGAGAAGAGAUUCCUGCUGCUGUUCACCUUCCUCAAGAAGAACUUGGACAAAAAGAUUAUGGUCUUCUUUUCCUCAUGCAACAGUGUCAAGUUCCACUACGAGCUGCUCAACUACAUUGAUUUGAAAGUGCAGUGUAUUCACGGCAAGCAAAAGCAGCAAAAACGGACGACGACCUUCUUCGAGUUCUGCAAGGCGGAGAGCGGAAUUCUGCUGUGCACGGAUGUUGCGGCAAGAGGGCUCGACAUCCCGGCCGUCGACUGGAUCGUACAAUUCGACCCUCCAGAUGAGCCGCGUGAAUACAUCCAUAGGGUUGGACGAACGGCCCGCGGAAAGGACGGACGCGGCAACGCGCUAAUCAUCCUGCGCCAGGAGGAGCUCGGCUUUCUAAGGUAUCUACGUCAGGCAAAGGUCGUCCUCAACGAAUUCGAGUUCAGCUGGAAUAAGGUGGCCAACAUCCAGUCGCAGUUGGAGGAGCUGAUCAGCAAGAACUUCUUCUUGAACAAGAGCGCCAAGGAAGCCUACAAAUCCUACGUGCGUGCCUACGACUCGCACUCGCUGAAGGACAUCUUCGACGUCGGCGCCCUGGAGCUGGUGUCGGUGGCACGGUCGUUCGGCUUCACCGUGCCGCCCUUCGUCGAGCUGCCGAUCACCGGAAAACCGAAGGUCGAGUUCCGGAACCAGGAUGGCGCCGGCUACCAAAAGAAGAAGAAGGGCUUCACCUUCUCGCAGAAACGGAAGACCCACCAC